CAUCCACCACUUCUCUCACGCGCGUUGCCAAGAUGAGCGAUACAAUUCUGACUGCUAACAGUAGAAAUCAUCACAAUGGUGGUGCAGAACAAGGUAGUAAAUCUAAUUCUGGAGCCAUGGAGCGGCCGGAAUUGUCGCCCCUAAUCAGGUGCCCUCGCUGCGAAUCCACCAACACCAAAUUCUGCUACUACAACAACUACAGUCUCUCGCAGCCUCGCCACUUCUGCAAGGCCUGCAAGCGCUACUGGACCCAGGGCGGCACCCUCCGCAACGUCCCCGUCGGCGGAGGAUGCCGCAAGAACAAGCGCAUCAGGAAACUACCCCAGCGGCCGCCCCCGCCGCCCGUCGUCUCCUCACUAAACUUUAAGCUACAGCCGGCACCCAAGUUGACCAGCAGCUUUAAUUUGAACCCUUUGGUGUCUACUGCUACACCAGUUAGUACUACUGUCGCCUUGAGUGAUGAGAUGUUGAAAUGGGAACCAUAUAAUUCGUUGAUGAUGGAGCUGCAAGGAAUCGGGGAUUUUGGAUUAAUUGGUAGUUUGGGAUCGGGGCCAAAUCUUAUGGUUAAUAACAAUCAAUCCGCUAAUGAUUUGCCAAGUUCUGCAACUGACACGAAGGUCGGGUCGGCGCAAAAUUUUACAGCCUCUUCGACCGCUAAUCGUUGGAUCGAUGCGGCCAAGCGGUCAUGGUCGUCGUCCUCGGCACGGAUCCUAUAACUCAGUCAUUCAAGCAAGAUCAUCCUUGGCUGCAGAAUGCCAAUAAGGCACCCAAUGUAAAUCUUGGUGAAACUGUUCGAGCAAGACUCCAGCAAUUUUCAAUGAUGAAUAAAUUUAAAAAGAAAGCUCUUAGGGUGA